AUGGAAAAAUCCAAAAAUUUCCGCAUCGACGCUCUGCUAGCGGUCGACCCCCCGAAAGCGGCCUCAGCACAGACUUCUCCACUGGCCCUGGUCACGUCGCUCUCGGCCGCCACAUCUGGCCACAGCGGCAGCAGCAGCAGCGGGCCAAGCAGUGCGGGCAGCAGCGGAGGCAGCAGCGCUAGCAGCAGCUGCAGCCCCGCGUCUUCGGAGCCACCCGCGGCGAACGCCGACUGCCUGCGCGCGGAGAGUCCGUCGCCCCCGCGCCUGCUGGCCGCGCACUGCGGGCUCCUGCCCAAGCCCGGCUUCCUGGGCUCGGGCGGUGGCGGUGGCGGCGGCGGAGCGGGCGGCGGGGCCGCGGGCCACCACCACCACCCGCACCCGGGCGCCGCCGCCGCCGCAGCCGCCGCUGCCGCCGCCGCCGCAGCAGCCGCCGCGGGGGGCAUGGCUCUGGGGCUGCAUCCCGCGGCCGCGCAGGGCGGCGCGGGUCUCCCGGCUCAGGCGGCGCUCUACGGCCACCCAGUCUACGGCUACUCUGCGGCAGCGGCGGCGGCGCUGGCAGGCCAGCACCCAGCCCUCUCCUACUCGUACUCGCAGGUGCAGGGCGCGCACCCCGCGCACCCCGCCGACCCUAUCAAGCUAAGCGCCGGCACCUUCCAGCUGGACCAGUGGUUGCGCGCGUCCACCGCGGGCAUGAUCUUGCCCAAGAUGCCCGACUUUAACUCCCAGGCGCAAUCGAACCUCCUAGGGAAGUGCCGCCGGCCCCGCACAGCCUUCACCAGCCAGCAGCUGCUCGAGCUGGAACACCAGUUCAAACUCAACAAGUACCUGUCGCGGCCCAAGCGCUUCGAGGUGGCCACUUCGCUCAUGCUCACUGAGACCCAGGUGAAAAUCUGGUUCCAGAACCGGCGGAUGAAAUGGAAACGGAGCAAAAAAGCCAAAGAACAGGCGGCGCAGGAGGCGGAAAAGCAGAAGGGCGGCGGCGGGGGAGCAGGGAAAGGAGGCAGCAGCGGCGCGGAGGAGAAGGGGGACCAGGAGGUGCUGGGGCCGCCGGCAUCCGGGGACAAAGGCAGCGGGCGCCGCCUGCGGGACUUGAGGGACAGUGAUCCCGAGGAGGAGGAGGACGAGGACGACGACCAAUUCCCCUACAGCAAUGGCGCCAACACCAACGCUCCCUCCUCCGACUGCUCCUCGGAGGACGACUCGCCUAACACGCGGCCUGGCGGGCCGGGGCACCAGCCCCCGCCCCAAUAG